AUGUCUGCGAAUGUGUCACAUACAGAAAAAGAAUUAGAUUUAAGUAAUGCAGGCAGAGGUGUAUGGCUUGUGAAAGUACCUAAAUAUAUAGCAAAUAAAUGGGAAAAAGCACCUGGCAAUAUAGAAGUUGGUAAAUUAAAGAUAACUAAAAAUCCUGGUCAAAAAGCAGAAGUAUCUCUUAGAUUAUCUGAAGCUGUUUUAGCUUUAAAAGAACCUGGAGAGGAAGAAAUUCCAAAACAACAUAGAUUAGAUGUUACAACAGUAACAAAACAAAUGUUAGGUGUAUUUUCUCAUGUUACGCGUAAGUCAUUACAAAAAAUAUUUGAACAUAAGAUAUUUAUCGUUUUAACAAAUUCAUCUUUUCUAGCUUCAAGCAGUUCAGAUUCUAUAGUUCCUGAAACUGAAAAACUUUAUAUGGAAGGAAGAAUUGUACAAAAAUUAGAAUGUCGUCCAUAUGCUGAUAAUUGUUAUAUGAAAUUAAAAUUACAAAGCAUUAAAAGGGCUUCUGUACCACAAAGACAAGUUCAGCAAUUAGAUAGAGUAGUCCAAAAUUUCAAACCAGUUUCUGAUCAUAAGCAUAAUAUUGAAUAUGCAGAAAAGAAAAAGGCAGAGGGUAAGAAGAUGAGAGAUGAUAAAGAUGCAGUAUUGGAUAUGCUAUUUGCUGCAUUUGAAAAACAUCAAUAUUAUAACAUAAGAGAUCUUGUAAAGAUUACAAGACAACCUAUUGUAUAUCUGAAGGAAAUAUUAAAUGAAGUUUGUAAUUAUAAUUUGAAAAAUCCUCACAGAAAUAUGUGGGAGUUAAAACCAGAAUAUCGACAUUAUAAAGAAGAAGAAAAACUUGAAGAUAUACAAAAAAAAAUUGAUGAAUCAGAUGAUGAUUAAAAGGUAUUUGUUUCAUUAAUUUUUAUUUAUAUAAAGUGAAAUUUUAUACUAUUUCACUUUUGAGGCUGUGCAAAAUUAAUAUUGUUUAAUCAAAUUUUUUAGAUAUAUAUUUAUAAAUUUAUUGUGUUGUGUAUAUCAAUAUAGAAGAAAUAUUUUUAAGAUUAAAUAAAAUGUUUCUUUAUUUUUUUUAAUGUAAAUGAUUGAAUAUAUACAAUCUUCUCAAUUAUAAAUAUUACAAUACUUUUUUUUAUUAUAAUAUAAUUAUAAGAGAAAAUUGUAAAUUUGUAAAGCAUAUAUUUAUAUUUUAUAUAAAAAAAAAGCAUUGUAUUACUUAAAUAUAUAGUUACAAGAUUUAUAAAUAUUUCUAAAAUUGUACAUAAAAAAUAACAUAUUGUAUACAUAUAUUAAAAUAUUGAAAAAAUAAUAUGGUUCAAUGUUGACAUUUAAUUUAUAAUAAAUACAAACAAAUAUAUUUUUUUAUAAAUAUAUAUAUGCAUAUUUUAAAUUGUACAAUAAAUCGAGGAAUCUAUAUUUCAUAAAAUGUGUCUGUAUAUGUAUAUAAUCUUUCUUCUGUAUAUUUAUAAUAAACAUAAGAAAAUUAGUUAACAUAA